AUGAAGCGGGCCGCCACAUCGGUGACCAUUACCGACCCCUUCGUCAAGUACACCUCUCUCAUCGCCACCGGCGUCUACAGCCCCGACACCGCCCAGUACCGCCUUGCCCACCACCUACAACAGGUGUACACCAGACUCAAAGACUACACCCCGUCACACGAGUACCGGACCCGCCUCCGCCAACUCGCGGCAGCCGUCGAUGCGACUCGGAGAACUGAUGUCGAUGGCCGGGAGCUCGCAGCACCCACGCACCCGCUUCGACGGAACCCGCUAUUUGCGAGAUUUUUCUCGAGGGAUGGUGGCGGAGACGGUGGGACGGGGGGUGGUAGUCUGGCGCUGGCGAGGGUCUUGACCAGCUAUCAGGCUGCGCUGCAUGUGGACUCGCCUAAGGGGCUGUUCCUGUCCGGGGAAGUUGGCACGGGCAAGUCGAUGCUUCUGGACCUGCUGGCAGAUGGUUUGCCGACGCGGCGGAAGAGGAGGUGGCAUUUCAAUACCUUCAUGCUCCAUACGUUUUCCAAGCUAGAGGAGUUCCGGAAAGCGAGGCCGCUGGUGUCGGCGGAUAACCCAGAGUACUCGCUGCUGUGGAUGGCCAAGGAGCUCGUGGAGGCGUCGCCUGUUUUAUUUCUGGACGAAUUCCAGCUGCCGGACAGAGCUGCGAGCAAGAUCAUGAGUAAUUUGUUUGUGGCUUUCUUCCAGCUUGGUGGCGUGCUCGUGGCCUCCUCGAAUCGGAUGCCUGAGGAGUUGGAAAAGGCUACGGGGGGUUAUUAUUCACCACCAGCGACGGGGGGGUUGGUUGAACGGGUCUUGGGUCUUAGGAAGGGGCGGUUUGGGGGUGAGCUGUUUGGUCAGACGAGCGACUUUGCGGCGUUCUUGGAGGUGCUUAAAGCGCGGUGCGACUUUUGGCACAUGGAGGGGACCCAGGAUUGGAGAAGGAGGGAAAACCGCGAGGGUUGUGCUACGCGGACAAUGCAUCCUGCUGAACAAGUUCCUGGGGCACUACUUUCGUGGGAGUCAACGGGCGAGUCCAAGGAACCGGCUGUGUCAGUCGAAACGAAGACGCAUCUACCGGCCAUGUAUUUCUCACCGUCUGACGGCGAGGAGGCUUGGGCGGCCGGACUACAACAGACGGUUACGGCAAACAAAACAGGCCAGAAAGCGGAAGAUAUCAAAUGGGAACCCGCUACGUUGGUGGUGUACGGGAGGAAACUGGUCGUCCCCCGACAACGGGACGGAGUAUCGAGCUGGGACUUUUCCGAGCUCGUCAGUUCCUUGGGACCAGCCGACUACGUCACAUUAGCGUCCAACUACCACACAUUCAUUGUCGACCGCGUCCCGGUCCUGACGAUGUCCAUGAAAAACGAAGCGCGUCGGUUCAUCACGUUACUGGAUGCGCUCUACGAGUCCCGUUGCAAGCUGGUCAUCCGAGCCGCAGCCGGACCUGACCAUCUCUUCUUCCCCGAGACACAACAACCACCGACAAGUGCGGCAGCCGAGCACAACGGCCGAGAAGACAACGCCAGUACCGGCAUCAACGCCAGCACCAACGAUGACGCCACCUACUCAGAAACAAUCGCCGAAGUUUACCAAGACCAAAUGGCACCCUUCCGGCCCAACAUCUCAACCUACGCCGAGUCCUCACCCAACGCCAAAUACGACCCAGACCAAGACUCCGAUUUUGGCAAGGAACAGGACCCCCGCAUCGACUUCCGCAAAACGGGGGCCUUCACCGGCGAAGACGAGCGGUUCGCCUACAAGCGCGCGACAAGUCGGCUGUGGGAGAUGUGUAGCGCGCAGUGGCACGCGCGGACGAACGAAGCAGGCGAAGGCGAAGGCGUAUCGUGGUGGCAGCCGCUCCCAAAGGAGGCGCGACACUGGGAGGGGAGCGAGCUAGACAGCAACCGGGCCGACACUCUCACGCCCCCGGCGCGGGGUGAACCGCGUUACCGAACCACCUCACCCCUCAUCAUCUCUCCAUCCACCACUCAAAACGAAAGCAUGGGCGAAAAGACCAAACUCCAAAUGCUGAUGCGCUCCCGCACAGGCCACGGCUAUCGCCGUCGCCAGCUACGGCAGAUCACACUCUUGGUCGGGGCUGUCCUAGCGUUAUAUUGUUUUAUUUUUGUCUGGUCUACACCAACCUCAUUAUCACCAUCAUCAUCGUCGUCGUCGCCAUGGUCACGAUCUUCCUCCAGAUCAACAUAUCCAACAUCCCGUUCGUCCUCGUCUUCAGCCUCCAAACACUCAUCACGGACACCGCCAGCCGAGAUUUUGAAUAAUCUGUCGCUGAACGAGGAGCAGUGCGAAGCAUAUUUCCCGGGGUUGACCAAGGAGCUUGACGAUGUGGUGGCCGAGGGUCCGUUUGUGGUGAAGCAGCUGGGUGAUUUUGGGCCCUUGCAGGGGCGGAUUCGGAAUGGACAGAUCUCUAUCCUCCAUGCGCAGCGCAAGGCUGAUCUUUCGCGGGAGAUGCUUAACUCACGAACAGCCUCCUUACACCAACUCAACCGCGCCCUGCUCACUUCCCCUUCCCCGCUCCCAGACACCAUCUUCACCCUCAACUUCCAAGACCAGCCCUUCGGCACCGCCUGGGCCUACUCACGCCACGCCGACCCAACCUUCCGCUCAUCCGACCCCAACGCCCGCAGCUUCCUAAUGCCUCACUUCUCCUUCUGGGCCUGGGACCUGCCCUUCAUCGGCUCCAUGUCGCGCGCAGCAGCCGCCAUCACCGCGUUAGAGGAUGAGUACACCGGUACCGGUACCGCAGGGGGCCGGGGCUGGAAGGACAAGAUCGGCAAAGCCGUCUGGCGCGGCACGACCUGGUUCAACAGCGUGCAUAGCCCGCGACUGCGGCAGAACCUGGUACUUGCCGCGCGGGGGAAACCGUGGGCGGACGUCGAAGCGCUGGACUGGCAUCAGGGCAAUAGUAAGAGCGCGAACAACGCGAGCAACGCGCUGCCGAUCGAGGGGUUUUGCCGGUACAAAUAUGUCAUCCACACCGAAGGGAUCGCUUACAGUGGGCGGUUCCAGUUCCUGCAGAUGUGCGCCAGCGUCGUGUUGACACCGCCGAUCCAGUGGAUGCAGCAUGUUACGCAUCUCGCUCGGCCGCUGUUUACGAGCGAUCUGAGGCUCAAGGAGAAGAGCGGCGGGAAGCAGUGGACGCCGACGGAUAAGAUCAAGCGGGCCUGGCCGGUUGGAUACUCGCCCGAGGAGGCGAAUAUUGUGUUUGUUGCGCCUGACUGGUCGGAUCUGGAGGAGACCGUGGCCUGGUUGGAGGAGAACCCGGAGAUUGCCGAGGGGAUUGCGAGACGACAACGGGAAAUGUUUGUGGGGGGUGGUUAUUUCAGUCCCGCGGCCGAGACGUGUUACUGGCGGGCUAUGGUGCGCGGAUGGGCCAAGAUGGGUAAGACGGAGGGUCAAGGGUGGGAGGAGGUUGAAGGUGUGACGUUUGAGACGUUUAGUCUGACGAAUACCGUGUGA